UACCAUAAAACGAUGAUUCACCCAAUAGUUUCGUAAUUCCAUAAGAAACGAGUUGCCAUAGUUAUUUUGCGUAUCGUCCUUCAGAUUUCUCUAGCUAAAUUAUUUAUUUUUAUACGUGUGUAACGAUACGUAUGGGCUUUGAUUUUUACACUCGCAGAAUGAGAAAAGCAGCGUUUCACCUUGUUUCCAUGUGGUUUAUACUGUUUAUCGUCCGUCUGAACUGUAAAACACCUAAAAAUCCACGACCCAACAUAGUGGUUAUUCUAAUUGAUGAUCUCGAUUAUGUUUUAGCCGGCCUGGAACCGAUGGCCAUCACCCGUCGUCUGGUCAGCCAACAUGGCGCCACUUUCACCAAUGCCUUCAUCUCGACCCCAGUUUGCUGUCCGAGCCGGUCGUCCAUAUUGACAGGCAAAUACGUUCAUAACCAUCGGGUCAUCAAUAAUACGGUGACGGGGAAUUGCAGCAGUCCGCAGUGGCAGAACGGGGAAGAAUUGAAGACGAUGGCUACCUACCUGCAAUCAAACGGAUACGCGACGUUCUACGGCGGCAAAUACCUCAAUCAGUACGGAAAAAAUGAAACGGGCGGCGUUGAACAUGUUCCACCGGGCUACAAUCGAUGGGUGGGAUUGGUUGGCAACUCGCGUUACUAUAACUACACCCUAUCAGUGGAUGGAAAGCGCCAGGAUCACGGAGACGACUAUCACCUUGACUACCUGACCGACGUUUUGGCGAGAGAGGCGCUGAGUUUCAUAGACGGCGUCGUUCCUAAUCGACAUCCGUCUUCCUUAUCGGCCGCAGCAGACAGCCGGCCAUUCUUCGCCAUGAUCGCUCCGCCCGCUUGCCACGCACCUUUCACUCCGGCGCCUCAGUUUUCACGAUCAUUCGCCGGACGUAGAGCUCCGCGCUGGCCGAGCUUCAACCGCCACCCAGGCAACGACAAACAUUGGCUCCUGCGGCAAGCGCCUCAGGGUGCCUUGCCCGAGGACAUUAUCGAUCAAGUCGACCACGUUUUCCGCCAAAGAUGGAGGACGCUCCUGUCCGUCGAUCAAAUGGUAGGCGACAUUGUGAAAUUGCUGCGUCGAAAGGGUCAACUGGAUCGCACGUGGAUCGUGGUGACGUCGGAUCACGGCUACCACAUGGGCCAAUUUGCGAUGCCCAUCGACAAGCGAUUACCUUACGAAACGGAUAUUCGCGUGCCGCUGCUGGUCGUCGCCGCCAGCCAUAACCGGCCGCCAGCCAAUAACAAGAGCCGUGACAUUGAGAUCGAUUCGUUGUCUGUCGUUUCCAUCGAUCUGGCGCCCACCGUCCUCCACAUGGCCGGCCUGCCCAUUCCCGACGAUAUGGACGGCGUGUCUCUCCUCCCGCUGGUGACGAACGCGCUCACUCCGUCAUCGCAGAACCGCAACGUUUCAAAGAAGGAGGUGUCGCAAGUUGCUGAGCCGUGGGACAGACAUUGCCGCGGCAUCGAUGAUUCAAGCGAACCGUGGAGGACAUUCUUCUUGAUCGAGUAUCACGGAGAAGCCGAUCUGCAAGACGUCGAUCUUCAAUGCCAACAGGAUGCCAAUACGACGUUGUGUCUGAACGACUUUGGCUGCAAAUGUCAAGACGCCGCCAAUAAUACGUACGUUUGCUUGCGCACCUUGCGCCCGACUGGCAAUCAGCAUGCAAAUGAAGACAGUCUCUACUGCCAGUUUGACGACCUGCAGGCCUUCGUCGAGUCCUACGACCUGCGCCUCGAUCCCUAUCAGUUGAACAACAGGGCGUAUCGUCGAUCGUGCCGUUGUACCGUUGCCAGUCGCCAUCGUCGCCAACUGAUCGUCAAUUAUUCGAAAUGCCGUGGUCACGUCAACUGUUUUGGCGUCUCUGACAACCCGAAGAGGAGACGCCACCCAUGACGACGUACAUAGUACAUAUUUACACGGUCUACUAUAUAACCAUCAAUAAACGCAACUUGGAUCGUUUUGUUUGGGUCCAUUUCCCACCAUA